UGCACCAAGGAACGGAAUUGGCGAUGAUUGGACCGGAAUCGGAACUGGAACCGGAACCGGUAUUGGAUAUACUUGUUUUACCGGAACUGGAUACGGUUGUUGUACUGGAACUGCAACAGGAUGUUUCACCGAUUCUUCCAUUAUUCCUGGUAGUCAGUACAGCAAUUACUGUCGAAAAACAUGAAAAGAUUAACAAUAAAUUAUUAAAGAAACAUGAUAAAAGAGGACUCACAAAUUUAGAAUAUAGUUUAUCCGAGCCUGGAUAUCAUCCUCCUGAACCAGCUAUCUUUGAACCUUCUGCUCCCGAUCUAAGUGGACAUUUGGAAUCUGCAAUAGCACCAGUUGCUCCUCCACCUGCUGUAUUGCAUCCAGCUCCUGCAGUUCCAGUUCCUGCAGUACCGGUGCCACAGCCCGUUCCACAUCCGGUUCCAGUCGCAGUGCCUCAGCCAGUUCCACAUCCGGUUCCAGUUGCGGUGCCUCAGCCAGUUCCACAUCCGGUUCCAGUCGCGGUUCCUGUGACUAAACACGUGCCAAUUCCCGUACCCAUCGAUCGAGCGGUUCCAGUUCCAGUGGAUCGUCCUGUCCCUGUACCAGUCGCGGUUCCGGUCCCGAAACCAUAUCCGGUCCACGUGGAGAAGAUAGUGCACGUUGACAGACCUGUGCCAGUUCCAUUCGAAAAGCCAGUCCACGUGCCGGUGGAUCGACCAGUGGCUGUUCCUGUUCCAGUGCCAAAACCAUAUCCGGUUCCCUUCGAGAAGAUAGUUCACGUGGACAGGCCUUAUCCGGUCCAUGUGGCGGUACCUUAUCACGUUCCCAAACCUUAUCCAGUUCCAGUUGCUAUUCAUGCUCACAAGUCGCAUGGAUGGCUUAAAUAAGACUCCAUUGGAAUAUUGUUGUUAGAUAUUGAUGGUAGAACUACUAACGGUUGAUAUUAACGAUUCUGUGUAGAAUUUGAUGUUUUAUUUCAUUAAAAUUUUUUUAUUGGAUAUUUGUUUAUAACUCGACUUGAAUUUGGA